GUACUCAUGUCUGUAGUCAUGCAUGUGUGAUUGUGUGUUUCAGAGACACUAUCUGUCCUGUGCGGUACGCCCUUUGUCAGUGUGUGAAAGGGGAGGGUCUUGUAACGGUGGACAGCCAGGGAGUUCUGAGGGCGGGGCCUGACACGGGAUCCGCCCUGCUGGAGGUCAUCGCCAUGGAGACCUGUGGGGUCAACCAGACCCUGCUCAUCAGCGUCCGGGUGUCUCCAGUGUGGUUUGUCAGGCUGUUCAGUGUGUCCAGCCUGUACAGUGUUGGAGGGGGAGGCCUGCCUGCCUUUCCCCUGGGCUGGACCAUCAGAGUCAGGGCUCUCUGCUACGACAACCUGGGACAACAGUUCAACGCCCAUAACACCCUCACACACAUUACCACCAACAGGGAUGACUUGGUGCAGGUGACUCCAGACUCAGACAGUCAUUCCUUUGUGGUCCAGACAGUGUCUGGGGGUUUGACAGUCCUAGGGGUGCAGGCAGACCCCACCAACCCCUCCCUGAGUGACUACACCCCCCUCCCUGUCCUCCCCGCCAUCUCUGCCCCCCCACACACACUCAGGCCCGGAGACACACUCUGCUUCAACACCCCCCUGACAGGACCGCACGGCCAGCCAGGUCAGUGGAAUGUGUCGUCUAGUCGUGUUCUGCAGAUCGACCCAAAGACGGGAGCUGCUCUGGCAAAGCAUUCUGGGACGGUAGUGGUCUACUACAGACUGGAAGAUGGACAGCAGGCCCUCAGAGAGGUGAAGGUGGACUCUCCAGCCAUCCCAGAACUCUCUCCUCAGGAUGAUCGUUUCCUCACCAACUGGCCUGACGCAGCUGACUACACGGUUCCUGUGGAGCUAUACACCUCCCCCGUCAACACAGCCCAGUGUUCCUUGUCCCAGAGGGAGGCCAUAGAGAAGAAGCUGCAGCCAGAGGCAGAGUUACUGUGUUCCCUGCACUUCAGCGCCCCCUACCUCCAGCUCAACACGCUGCAGGCUGUGAUGGUCACCACGCCUCACUAUGACCUCGACACAGGUGAAUACAGCUGCAGAGUCUCUGUCCGUCCCCAGUCAGACUCCGUCCUCCACCUCCUCUCCUCCCUCUCUGUCUCCGUCUCUCUCUCAGCCUCUCUGCGGGGCCAGUCCCCCGUCCCUGUCCUCCCUCUCUCUGCUCUGUCGCUACCUCUCUCCGGACGUUUGGUACAGUUGCCGUACCUGCCUGCGUUCCACUGCCCGGUGUCUUUCCUGGUGCUCUCUGCUCUGCAGCCCAUGGCAGAGUUCUCUGUGCUGGGCACCAAGGAGGUGCUCUCUGCCCUACGGGUGGGUCACAUUAGGACUAACAUUAAGCAUUUACAGCCCCACAAUACACAAUGCAUACAGCUUUAAGACCUUGGCAUAGACAGUAUGGAGUGAAU